UGAAAAUUAGCCACUUCUAAAUAAUAUAGAAACCAAACCGUAUUUUAUACAGUAAAAGUAAAAGUUAGAACUGAAAUUUGUUAAAGAGAAAAUGAACUCUGAGAUCUAAUCCACGUAGUGGUGCACCGGUUGUAGUAAAUGAAUUCGUCCCACCAACCGCUGUACUCUAGCGUGACUAGCGAUGCCUCGGUGCACCGAUUUGCACUCAACCCGCAAGCCGGAUCAUGCCGGCGCUGCCUCACUCUCACUAGCAGCAGCUGCUCUUGCCGCCGCGCCAUGUGCUCACCACCACCACCGACGCAGUGACAGGGAGGGAGACAGAGACAGCGCCAAGAACACCAUGCGCGCGCCCCGGCCGCCGUCCCCGGCCCCGGCCCCUGCUCCGUCCGUCGCGUCGCGUUCUGGCGCCAUCAGCUCGCCGCCUUCUCCCUACGGCUACGCGGUGGGCGCGCCGGGGCCGGGUCCCGGUCCGGUGCCGGAGUCGUCUGCGGCGGCGGUGGUAAGGGCGUUCGCGGGCGGGAGUCGAGGAGGCGGGAGCCUGAGCCCGCCGCUCAUCGCGAUGCUGGCGGUGGUGGGGGCGGCGCUGAUGGUGGUGCUGUACGCGCGGCUGGUGAGCCGCGUGUUCCGGGUGGCCCGGCGGCGGUGGCGCCGGCGUCGGCUGCGGCUGCUGAUGAUCCCGGGCUCCCCCUCAGCCGGCGGCGACGACUCCUUCGCGUCGUUCACCACGUACGACAACUACUACCACACGUUCUCGCCCUACUACGGCCUCGACGAGACCGCCAUAAAGUCGCUCCCGUCGGCGCAGUUCCUGUCCGCGGCGGCGGCGGCGCGCGGUUCGGUGGACGCCCGGGAGUGCGCCGUGUGCCUGCUGGAGUUCGCCGACGGCGACGAGCUCCGCGCGCUGCCGCUGUGCGCGCACGCCUUCCACGCCGACUGCAUCGACGUCUGGCUCCGCGCGCACGCGUCCUGCCCGCUGUGCCGCGCCGCCGUCGCGCUCCCCCCGCCCGUCGCGUCCCCGCUCCGCGCCGCGCGCCGCGUGCGACCCAGCCUCGACGACCUCCUCCUCUUCCACCCGUUCCCACCCGACGCCGGCGCCGCGGCCGCCGCGAUGCCAGAGAUAGCGCCGGCCAGCCCGGACCAGCUCGGCCCGAGGGACUUCCUGCUCAAGCGCUCCUACUCCUUCGGCUUCGAGCGCAACCUCGCCGUGGAGGCCGCGUCCACGGCCUCCCCUCCCUGGCGCUACCGCGUGUCCGCCGCCGCCGACGGCGCAACCUCCCGCGGCCGCAGCUUCUGGAGCAAGCGCUGGCCGUCCCCGUUCGGAGGCGGCGGCGGCGGGGGAGGCUCCGCUGCCGCUCGCGUCUUCUCCUUCCGCUCGUACCGCUCCGCCGCGGCCAAGUCCUCCCCCUUCUCCCGCCGCCGCGGCGCCGCCCCCGGGGGAGGGAGCGGGUUCUUCAUGUCUCUGGCCUCCGAGCCGCCGUCCAUCCUGGCCGCGGCGAGGCGGAGCCGCGCGGCCGCCGCGUCAAGCCGGCUCCGGUGCGGGGACCCCGAGGCGCUGCUCUCGCCGGACCGGCUGAGCCGCUGACCGCCGGCGGUGAGACCACCGCGCGCGGUGAGCGGAUCUUGGCCUCCUCCUGCUGCUGUGGUGGUCGUGGUGGGCCUGCGUGGAGAGGGGGGCGGGCAGUAAUGGCACGAUAAAUGCGAGCCCUGCCGCUUUUAAUGGCGGGAGGACGUGUGCCCAGAGCGAGUGGUGUCGCUUCCUGCAGCUGCCACAGCUCCCACUGGCUGUGUCCACACACACUGCCGCUGCUCCGCUCGGCUCGGCCAAAUGCUUGUCCGAGCCGUCCGAUUAGAAAACGAGGGUCUCCAGAGGAACCCUUGUUUUCUGGCCGGACGGCUUAUAGCUCGUGUCUUCCAUUGUAGUACUCCGGUGUUAUCAUAUCAUAUAUAAAAAAGGCUC